GCCAGGCCAGCCAUGGAUGAGGACGUAGAGGGGGCGGGUUUCUGCAUCUCCGCGCUCUAUAUAAGCGGCCAGUGGAAGCGGGGGCGCGCUGCUCCUGACCUUCAGCGUGCCUGCUCCUCGGCCAUGGCGCCCUCCAGGAAGUUCUUCGUUGGGGGGAACUGGAAGAUGAACGGGAGGAAGAACAAUCUGGGGGAACUCAUCAACACUCUGAACGCGGCCAAGGUGCCGGCCGACACCGAGGUGGUUUGCGCACCCCCCACCGCCUACAUUGACUUCGCCCGGCAGAAGCUAGAUCCCAAGAUUGCCGUGGCUGCGCAGAACUGUUACAAAGUGGCCAAUGGGGCCUUUACGGGGGAGAUCAGCCCUGGCAUGAUCAAAGAUCUUGGAGCCACGUGGGUAGUCCUGGGGCACUCCGAGAGAAGGCAUGUCUUUGGGGAGUCAGAUGAGCUGAUUGGGCAGAAAGUGGCCCAUGCCCUGGCAGAGGGACUUGGAGUGAUUGCCUGCAUUGGGGAGAAGUUAGAUGAGAGGGAAGCUGGCAUCACUGAGAAGGUCGUUUUCGAGCAAACCAAGGUCAUCGCAGAUAACGUGAAGGAUUGGAGCAAGGUUGUCUUGGCCUAUGAGCCUGUGUGGGCCAUUGGUACUGGCAAGACGGCAACACCCCAACAGGCCCAGGAAGUACACGAAAAGCUCCGGGGAUGGCUUAAGUCCAACGUCUCUGAUGCAGUGGCUCAGAGCGCCCGCAUCAUUUAUGGGGGUUCUGUGACGGGGGCAACCUGCAAGGAGCUGGCAAGCCAGCCUGAUGUGGAUGGCUUCCUUGUGGGCGGUGCUUCCCUCAAGCCUGAGUUCGUUGACAUCAUCAAUGCCAAACAAUAAGCCCUGUCUAUCUCCACUACCCUUCCUGCCGAGCCAGGGACUAGGUAGCUCAGAAGGCCCAGUAACUGUACUGCCCCCUGACCUCCACACACGCUUCUCGUGGUGUCGCCUGACCCCUCUCGUGGCCGAAUCCAAAGUACCUCUUCCUUUACCGUUUACACCCUACCUUGUCAUGGUUGGGACCAGAACAAUCCCGCCUCCACUUACUGUACCCGUUGGAACUAAACCUGUCACCAAGGUGGCUGCUUCUUGGCUGAGAGGUGGGAGGGUGGUUUGCUCGUGGGUCCCCUCAGUCCCCAGUGAAGACAGGAGAGAACUGGUCCUGUCCCGUCUCCCGCCAUGAGGCCAAGGGCUGAGAGAAAGCCCUGUCCUCAGCUGAGGCCAGGGCGCUGCUCCCUCCCACGGUGCCAACGCCUGUGUGUGUUGCGUCUGCACAGUCCCGCGUGUGGGGGAAUAAACACCUGGCACUGA